AUGUCUGCAGUGACCCUCACAAAGCUCGGCAAGGUCGCUACAGUGACAAUCAAUGAUAACAAAGUCAACAUCAUGACGCUGGCCGUUUGGCAGGCCUUAUACUCCACCCUCAAGGAAGCCGAAGCGGACCCCACAAUUUCUGCUCUCAUCUACCGUUCAGGCCUCAAGAAGAAUGUCUUCACUGCGGGUAACGACAUUACGGAACUCUAUGCACCCAACACAAACGAGAAGAAGUAUGCAGUCUUUUGGCUUGCACAAAAUCAAUUCUUGUCGAAUUUGGCGAGGUCGCGCUUAUUCACGGUGGCAGCGGUGCGUGGUGCUUGUCCAGCUGGUGGGUGUGCAUUGGCCUUGUGCUGCGAUGAGCGGUACAUCUCCUCAGAUGCAACAAGUGGAUUGAAUGAAGCCAGAAUUGGCAUCAGUGUGCCAGCUUACUGGCAACGCAUGAUGGCUCAUGUUGUCGGCGUCAAGGAAGCAGAGCGAUUGUGUUCAUUGGGUAUGAUGCUCGAUGCUGCUGGUUUGAUAAAGGUUGGUUUUGCUGAUGAGGUGGUGGAUGCGUCUGCGCUUGAGCAAACUGUGCAGAAGCGGGUAGACGUGGUUAUGAAGGAAGUGCCGGAUGCUGGUCGAGUCAUCUCCAAGAUGCAAGCUCGUCGGUACAUAACGGACGAAUGGGCAGAUGAAGACAGGAUCAAUCAAGAGGCUGCUGACAAAUGGCCAUUCUUGGCUUCAGAGCCUGUGGUCAAGGCCUUGGGCGCAACGCUUGCACGAUUGAGUGGCAACAAGAAGUCUAAGAUCUGA